UUCCUGUUUCGUGUGCCACCUGUCCCACCUCCAAAGGAAGGAGGCGCUGUCCGGCUCCCACCUCUCCACCCUCCAGAUCUCUCUCGCCCCGGCGGAACCGGAGGAGCGAGCGGAUGUCGUCAGCGGCGGUGGUGCAGGCCGGCGACGCGCCGGACCCGACGGUGCGGAACCUCCUGGAACAGGACUCCCUGAAGUGGGUGUUCGUAGGCGGCAAGGGCGGCGUGGGCAAGACCACCUGCAGCUCAAUCGUCUCCAUCCUCCUCGCCUCCGUCCGCCAGUCCGUGCUCGUCAUCUCCACCGACCCCGCUCACAACCUCAGCGACGCCUUCCAGCAACGCUUUACCAAGUUCCCCACCCUCGUCCGCGGCUUCUCCAACCUCUACGCCAUGGAAAUUGAUCCAAAGGUAGAAAAUGAUGAUUUCUCGAAUGAAGGAAUGGAAGGAUUUCUUUCAGAAUUGACAAAUGCAAUUCCAGGAGUUGAUGAAGCUAUGAGUUUUGCUGAAAUGUUGAAAUUAGUCCAAACAAUGGAUUACUCUGUUGUAGUUUUCGAUACUGCUCCGACAGGGCAUACUUUACGGUUGCUGCAGUUCCCAGCAACACUGGAGAAGGGUCUAGAGAAAGUGAUGUCCUUGAAAAAUAGGUUCGGUGGUAUGUUGAAUCAGGCCAGUCGAAUGUUUGGUCUUGGUGAUGAACUGAAUGAGGAUGCAAUGCUUGGGAGACUUGAAGGCAUGAAGGACGUGAUCGAGCAAGUGAACAGACAAUUUAAAGAUCCAGACUUGACAACCUUUGUUUGUGUUUGUAUUCCUGAAUUUCUUUCAUUGUAUGAAACGGAGAGAUUGGUGCAAGAGUUAGCAAAAUUUGAGAUUGAUGCCCACAAUAUUAUUAUCAAUCAAGUUAUUUUUGAUGAGGAAGCUGUUGAGUCAAAACUGCUAAAAGCACGCAUAAGGAUGCAACAAAAGUAUGUUGAACAGUUCCAUAUGUUAUACGACGACUUCAACAUAACCAAGUUACCGUUGCUCCCAGAGGAGGUAUGUGGUGUUCAGGCUCUACAAAACUUCUCCACGCACUUCCUUGCACCAUACAAAUCUGCACUGAGGCGGGGCAGCGUGGAGGAACUAGAAGAGAGAGUAUCUACGCUGAAGUCAGCGCUGCAAGAAGCUGAGACAGAACUAGAUAGAGUUAGGAAAGGAAAGCAGGUAGCAUGAGCCUUUUUCACCUGUCAAAGUUCAUGGCACUCCGCACAGACCAGUUAUAGAGGACUACAAAAUCUUCCUGUGUUCUUGCAUACUCCGGCUGUUUUCCUCCAUUUCAUGUUUCCACAAUUGAAAAUUUUAGAUUUGUUGUUAUAGCUAUCUGAAGAAAAUGUAUUAUUAGCUCGUGGUAUAGGCCUGUUUUUCUUUAUCUUCCAAGUCUACUUUAAGAGUCGAUACUGCUGCGGCUGCCCGGCGGGAGUUGGUUCUCCCGAGUUGUUCUGCGUUGCGAAAGGGAUUGAUUACAUUGAAA